AUGGUAAGUCCCUGCCCUGGGGGACGCGGGCGCGAGAGCACCGGACGCCCGGGAGGCUGCCCUCCUCUCCUAGUCCCCGGCUUUCCCAGCGGAUUGAGGGCGAGAAAGCUCACCUCGCGCGCACUUUCCCAAGAGAGGUUUGUUUGGGAUCAGUUAGAAGCCCGGCCCAAGACAUUCCCUCAGGACUUACAGAAGAGGUUUAAAAAAAAAGCAAAACUACUUUGCUGCUCCAUUUUCCUAGAUAUCUCCAUGAAAUGGACCACUCAGGAACCAUUUCUUCCAAAAUACCUUCAUUAUGACCCCGAAACGUCUCGUCAACUGAUGUGUGACAAAUGUCCUCCUGGCACCUACCUAAAACAGCACUGUACAACAAGGCGGAAGACCGUGUGUGCCCCCUGCCCUGACCAGUACUACACAGACAGCUGGCACACCAGUGAGGAGUGUCUAUACUGCACCCCAGUGUGCAAGGAGCUGCAGCACGUCCAGCAAGAGUGCAGUCGCACCCAUAACCGCGUGUGUGCGUGCCAGGAAGGGCGCUACCUCGAGGUCGAGUUCUGCUUGAAGCACAGGAGUUGUCCCCCUGGAUUCGGAGUGGCACAGGCUGGUACGUAUCUGCCUUCAACCUGUGGCAAAGUUAAUUAG